AACAAGCUGGGGGCAGAGCCCUUCUUAGUCUCAAACCAUGAAUUAUGUGGGACAGCUGGCUGGGCAGGUGAUUGUCACUGUGAAGGAGCUCUACAAGGGUAUUAACCAAGCCACCUUGUCUGGGUGCAUCGAUGUCAUUGUGGUGCGGCAGCAGGAUGGCACCUAUCAGUGUUCACCUUUUCAUGUUCGGUUUGGGAAGCUGGGAGUCUUGAGAUCCAAAGAGAAAGUGAUUGAUAUAGAAAUCAAUGGUGAUGCAGUGGAUCUUCAUAUGAAAUUGGGUGACAAUGGAGAAGCUUUCUUUGUGGAGGAGACUGAAGAGGAAUAUGAAAAACUUCCUGCUUACCUUGCCACUUCACCAAUUCCUACCGAAGAUCAGUUCUUUAAAGAUAUUGACUCCCUUUUGGUAAAAUCGGUUGGAAAUGAAAGACCAUCUCAGAGUUCCAACAUCUCGCACAUCUUGGAAACAGAGACGGUUUUUACUCCAAGUUCUGUGAAAAAGAAAAAAAGAAGGAGAAAGAAAUGCAAACAGGACAGUAAAAAGGAAGACCAGACAGUUUCCCCUGCUGCAGAAGACACUAUGGAUAUGGAUCUGAGCUCUGAUGAUGACAAGGGGGCCCAGUCAGCAAGAGGAUCUUCAAAUGCUUCCUUAAAGGAAGAAGAAUAUAAGGAGCCUCUGCUCUUCCAUUCUGGAGAUCACUACCCUUUAUCCGAUGGAGAUUGGUCCCCUUUGGACACCCCGUAUUCCCCGGCAGCAUGUCCGAAGAGUGAUUCAGAGCUGGAGGUGAAACCCGCCGAGAGCCUACUCAGAUCUGAGUCCCACAUGGAAUGGACGUGGGGCGGGUUCCCAGAGUCCACCAAGGUCAGCAAAAGAGAGAGAUCUGACCAUCAUCCCAGGACAGCUACGAUUACUCCAUCAGAAAAUACCCAUUUUCGGGUAAUUCCCAGUGAGGACCACCUUAUAAAUGAAGUUGAGAAGGAUGCGUCCAUGGGAGAAACGGUCUGUACCAUAGUGAAACCCAAACCCAGAGCCCCGUGUAAGCGGAUGAGCGAUGCAACUUGCACUGCAGAACUUCUUGAGCCUCAGAUUUCAUCUAUGUUAGAUGCAGACCACCUUCCUAACCCGUCGUUAGUGGAGGCUCCCUCAGAAUCAAAACCAGCAGCUAAAGUAGAGUCGCCAUCAAAGAAGAAAGGUGUCCACAAGAGAAGCCAACACCAGGGACCUGACGAUAUUUACCUAGAUGACUUAAAGGCUCUAGAACCUGAAGUUGCAGCUCUCUAUUUCCCUAAAAGUGAAUCAGACCCUGGCUCCAGGCAGUGGCCUGAGUCUGACACGCUCUCUGGUUCCCAGUCCCCACAGUCUGUGGGAAGCGCGGCUGCCGAUAGUGGCACUGAGUGCCUCUCAGAUUCUGCCAUGGACUUGCCCGACGUCACCCUCUCCCUUUGUGGGGGCCUCAGUGAGAAUGGAGAAAUUUCUAAAGAAAAAUUCAUGGAGCAUAUCAUCACUUAUCAUGAAUUUGCAGAAAACCCUGGACUCAUAGACAAUCCUAACCUUGUAAUACGGAUAUAUAACCGUUACUAUAACUGGGCUUUGGCCGCUCCAAUGAUCCUUAGCUUGCAAGUAUUCCAGAAGAGUUUGCCUAAGGCCACAGUCGAGUCCUGGGUCAAAGAUAAGAUGCCAAAGAAAUCUGGUCGCUGGUGGUUUUGGCGUAAGAGAGAAAGCAUGACCAAACAGCUGCCAGAAGCCAAGGAAGGAAAAUCCGAGAUGCCACCCACCAGUGACCUGCCAUCAAGCACAAAGGAGCUGGCCAGUAGCAGGUCAGCAGAGGAUGACUCAUCCAGUGACGAGGGGUCACAGGAGCUUCAAGAAUCAGUCAAAAUGGACCCCAUCCCCACGGAGCCCCCGAGCCACAGCAGCACAACCUCAUAUAAGAAGUCUCUCCGCCUCUCCUCGGACCAGAUCGCAAAACUGAAGCUCCAAGAUGGUCCAAAUGAUGUUGUGUUCAGUAUUACAACCCAGUAUCAAGGUACCUGCCGCUGUGCAGGGACCAUUUACUUGUGGAACUGGAAUGACAAGAUCAUCAUUUCCGAUAUAGAUGGAACAAUAACCAAGUCUGAUGCUUUGGGACAGAUUCUUCCACAGCUGGGUAAAGACUGGACUCAUCAGGGUAUUGCAAAGCUCUACCAUGCCAUCAACGAGAAUGGCUACAAGUUUCUGUACUGCUCUGCUCGUGCCAUCGGCAUGGCCGACAUGACCCGUGGCUACCUGCACUGGGUCAACGACAAGGGCACGAUCUUGCCCCGGGGCCCUCUGAUGCUGUCCCCCAGCAGCUUGUUCUCUGCCUUCCACAGGGAAGUGAUAGAAAAGAAACCAGAGAAAUUCAAAAUUGAGUGUCUAAAUGAUAUCAAGAAUCUGUUUGCCCCAUCUAAGCAGCCCUUUUAUGCUGCCUUUGGAAACCGUCCAAAUGACGUUUAUGCUUACAUACAAGUUGGAGUUCCAGACUGCAGAAUAUUCACUGUGAACCCCAAAGGUGAACUAAUUCAAGAAAGGACCAAAGGAAACAAGUCAUCGUAUCACAGACUGAGUGAGCUCGUGGAGCAUGUGUUCCCACUUCUCAACAAGGAACAGAAUUCUGCCUUUCCAUGCCCAGAGUUCAGCUCCUUCUGCUACUGGCGGGACCCAAUCCCCAAAGUGGACCUGGACGACCUGGCCUGAGGCAGCCCCUCUGGGAGAUCCUCAGUCUCCCGCCUUGCAGCUAGGGAAGGUGACCGGCACUUCUGCUGGACAGAGGACACUGGGAUCCCCUCCCAGCCACAGGUGUGGGGCAAGACCUAUGUUGACAGCUAGGUACCAGCAGGGACAAGGAGAACUUGUGGAGCAGGAACUGCCCUCUCCUUCACCCUCCUGGGCUUGGCAGAGUUACAGCUCAGUGCCUCAGCAGAAUUGAGGGCAGCUCGGACCUGAGGUCGAAGACCUAGGCUCCUGUCACUGGUCGGUUCUCAUGCACACUCUGUGUCAGGUUGUGUGCUGGGUGCUCCUUUAAUUGCAUAAUUUAAAAAGAAGUAAAAAGAAGCUAAAUUAGAGUGGACCAAAAUAUUGCACAAAGUAAAGUGUUAUAAUUUCCACUGGGCAAUUGAAAGUGUUUCUCUGUAAAACCGGGGCUUUAUUAAGGGGUUCUGGGUCCACCGAGCUGCUUCAGGUCCCAUGAAUGAUGUUGGCUCAAACCGCUUGCUCACGUUUCUUCUGUGGGUUCCUCCUUCCCUGCUACACUGAAACAAGACGGCUGCUGGGGCCACUCAUCCCACCCCACAGAUAUGGGCUCCUGGGGAGGAAAAGCCACCUUCUCAUCUGUGACUGCUCCAUGAUGUGAACCUAGCAAGAAGAAACGGUUUUGCAAGAUAUGUUUUAUAUCUGUAAGAAUAGGAAUAAUAGUGAGUGUUGGUUAAGCAGCAAAGAACAGCUGUUUUCAGGGAGGCCUUGGAAAUGCAGAUGUGCACUUACUAUGGCUCCUGAGAAGGGUCCUUCUCUCCACCUGCCUGCCCCUCAGUUUCUCAGCCUGGUUGUACUGAGCUCGGGUCAGAGUCCAAGCAGACUGCACCGGGGAAGGCUUCUGUCCUGUAAGCGGAGGCCUGGAGAAAUCAGGUUGGGUGUUGACAAUCAACUCAGUACUAAAAUCAACAGAACUGUUGGAGAGGAAGCUUUCAGGGGACAAAAAUGACCACACAGCCCUCUUGGUGAGAAAGCAGUGAGCCGAGUUCCAGAGCAGAGUGAGAACUGCAGGUCCAGGCACCACCCCGCUCAGGAUGGUUUCCAUUUCCACCUCUGCUUCCCCCUGUGCUUGUUUUGGGGGGCUCUCCUUAUUUUUGUUUAUUCCACCCAAAAUAAUGCUGAUGUAAAGAUGGAGAAAUGGGGGUGGUUAUUUUUCCAGAUUGGAGAGUUGAAAGUCCCUGCUGUAGCUCAGCCAUUUUUCCUAGUGCGUUUGGAUGCAGAGACAAUGGUGAAGGCCCUUGAAUGCGGUUCUCAGUGGCAGAACCUGGAGAGGCACGUUCCCAGAGGGGAAACAGCACACACUUCCUCCAGUGCAAACUUUCCCGCCUUCAAUAGGUCAGGGUCUAAUUGUUUAAUGAGUUUCUUUAUGUACAGUAGGUUAGGGAAACUAGGUUAUGUUUUUAUGAAGUUCUUCCCAGUUAGUGAAUUAAAUUUCUGGUAGAGUGGCCAUUACUUGAUCUCAUAGAUGCCGUCAGCGUGUCCUCGACUGUAUUUGCUUUAGAAGAAUUUUAUGUGCUUGACCUGAGCCUCUGCACAUGUGCAGUAUGAAGUAUCUUAAUAUAUAUCUUUUGUAGAGAGCUUUUGACUAGACAGUUUCUUUCUCUCUGGACACACGGGCCUAUCUAGAAGGUUCACUGUAGGAACCCGGGUCUCCCAGUUCUGUGUUGAGGGCGGCUGAUCCCUUUGUCCGAGUGUCCGUAAGCACUAGACUGUCAUUUCCUUGCUAUAGACUGAUCCAGUGGGUACAUACACUAAUUAACAUAUCUUUUUCCUUAUUUAAAGGAGUCCCUCUUGCUGAAAAGUAGAUGAUUGCUAUUACUGUAGUGUGGUAAAAGUAUUGUUUGUGCUGAAAACCCAUUGCCAUUUGGUACAAAUGACGUGUAUUCUUUCUGUGAAAGAGAGAUGCCCUCGAGUGUGUUUGUACACAGACCCUUACGAAGGUGAGUGAAUGAAGAAGCAUUAGCCUUGCGCUGCUUUCGGUGAUGGAUGGUAUCACGGGGAGAUUGCAGGCAGAUCGGGCUCUUUUAAGUCAUUCUCUCAGUUGCUUCGCUGGUGAAACAGCCAUGGCCCCUUCCCUCUUUCCAGCUCAACCUGACUUUAGUAUCGGCGUUGAUGUCCGUGUGGUGAAGCUUGUGCGGCUGUGGCAUCGGCAUCUGCAUCUUCCCAGGCAUUAGGAAGUGCACGUGUGGGCCCACAGCGUGCCUGUGUAGCUCUGUGUGUGUCCCAUGUUUGCUGUGCUUAGCACAUCCGCAUAGUUUUCAACUGGAAAAAGAAAAAACUUACUACUGUGAUGUCCUCAAAUGAAAGCUGCUAACAGUCACAGGGAGGACAGCUGGUAAAUGACUGGAAGUACUUGUGCCCCCAGAGACUGCACACGACCCUUCCAGUGUGUGCUUCAAGGUGCAGGCAAGACCCUUUAAAGAUAGGCAAGAAGGCAACUCUUCCUCUUUGCAACUUGGUGAAAACAGACUUUUCCGGGGAAUUUUAACUUUUCGAGAUCAUCACGCUUACUCUAGGAAGCCUUGCUUACCCGUUUUAGAGCAUGCUGGGUAUAAUGUAACUAGUUAAAAUUGAGUUUUUGUUUCAAGUAAGUGCUCUUUCCAGAUGAAAACUAUGUUUUUGGUUUGAAGGUAAGAAGGGAGGGGGAAACUUUGUUCUUUUAAUUUAAUAAUUACUUUCUGAUGAAGUAUUUGAUUUUUAGACAGCAGUGCCACUAAAAAGUUUUAAGUUGUCAGAAAUUGUAAGCAUCAGUCCAGUACUCUUAGUUAUGGCAAAGACCAUUGUCUUAAGAUAAAUGGUUCCUAUUUUGGUGCAGUGUUUGAUGUUCAAAACAAAAUGUUACAACAAUAAACAAACGUAAACUGCG